GAUGCUUGCGGAAAACAACAAAAUAGAACAUUUAUGAGCGUCACCAGCGAGCAGAGAUGUUACAGCUGGUUUCCCUGCUGCUUUUUCUUCUUUUACUUCCAGCAGUGGUUCCUCUCUUUUGUUACACUUGUGUCUUUCCAACCAUCGCACCUCUCCAAUGCAUCGUGUUCCCUCUCCAGUGUCCUGAAGGGCAAGUCUGCUUGUCCAGCACGGCUGUGGGACAGAAAGGAGACGUCCGUGUGAUGAUUAACGAGAGGAGCUGCAUCCUGCGUUCCCUCUGUAGCAUCUCAGGUGAAAAGUACAUCAUGGGACUCAACUUCACCUUCACCAAUGACUGCUGCGACACACACCUGUGCAAUGGAGCUGCAGCGCCUGCUGCCCCCUACUGGUUGGCCGCAGUGCUCACACUCCUUGCGUCGUACACGUUAGAAUAGAGAUUAGCUUUGGGAUCGUGCAAAGUGAAGAAAAAUCCUUCCAUUUUCUGGACUAUGCCAGCUGACUUCGGGCGAGAGGCAGGGGUACACCCUGGACUGGUGGCCAGCCAAUCACAGGGCACAUAUAGACAAACAACCAUUCACACUCACAUUCAUACCUAUGGACAAUUUGGAGUGGCUAAUUAACCUAGCAUGUUUUUGGAAUGUGGGAGGAAACCGGAGUACCCGGAGAAAACCCACGCAUGCACGGGGAGAACAUGCAAACUCCACACAGAGAUGGCCGAGGGUGGGGAAAGACAAAAUAAGAAGCCAAAAAGUUACCACUUCCACACAAACUAGGAGGAGAACUCAUUCAUUGAUUUUCUACCGCUUUUCCUCACAAGGGUCACGGGGGUGCUGGAGCCUAUCCUAGCUGUCUUGGGGUGAGAGGCGGGGUAGACCCGGGACAAUGCCAUUGAAGAAGUUAAAGGUGACUUCAAAUUUAUUUCAGCCAAAAGGCGCUAAAUCCGAAAAAAAAAAAAAAAAAAAUAUAAAAUACAUGGUGUGUGCAGGAUUUUUAUAGCAUGCAUUUUUAUGACCUAUAUUGAUAGCUCUUUCAUUUGCAAUAUAGACUUGAUGACCAAAUAGAUUGAUAUGUGCGUAGUUAAAAAUCAUUGAUUUUCUCCAAAUCAGUCAAAAUGGAUUUAGCGCCUUUUGGUUGCAAGCUCUUCAAAUACAUUUGACUGGUAUUACAUGCAAUAAAAGACGAUGAUUUUGUGUAUGUCCAAGCUUUGAUGUUUUUU